AUGGCCAUGGCCGGCGAGAACAAGACCGACGAGGCUGGUCGGAGCGACAGCAACAACAACAAUGGGACGGCGGCCACCACCGCUGCUACAACUGCGGCUGCCAACAACAACGAUAACGAUGGCGUCGUCACUGCUGAAAAUGAUGCGGGUGAUGCCGGGAGUCAGCUCGGCUCGGCUGCAACAGAGUCUGUGGCGGCAGUGGUCGUCAAGCAGCCCGUCAUGCCGCCGAGAGUCUUUGUCACCGAGCUGGAUUCGUACAUUGGUCAUCAUGUGGCUUCCGCUCUGACGGGCAUCAUGUACGCCCGUGAUCCUCGUCCGGGUGCACUGCCGCUCGAUGACUCCAUGUCCGAGUAUGACGAGCCGCAGGGCCGCGGUCGCCGCCAGCAAAACUCGGCGCUGGCAGGCGGCGCUGAUGGCAGUGGCUCUCCGGCAGGCUCGGCCGGAGCUGGUGACAACGACGGCUAUGAAGGGUCUGAGGCCGAGUACGGCUCAGAGGCGGGGGCACCGAGCUUUGAUGAGGCGACGCUGCCGGCCAAGGUCGAGAUCAUCGGAACGGUGCGGUCCGAGGCGUCACCGUCGUUUCCACUCCCUCGCCCGGCGGUGCUGCCAGGCGGAGAGCUGCCGGGCGCGGGCGUGCCCGAGGGCGUCUCGCGGGUGCUGCCGUCGACAAUCACUCGCGACGCGCUGCUUGAGGAGGUCCGCCAGUGUGACGUCAUUGUGUAUGACCUCGUGUCCAACGUCAACGAGGCCAAGUGGCUGGUCGAAACGCUGGCUGACGAGGCCGAGAGCUGGGAGCGGCCCAAGAUGUUUGUGGCGCUCUCGUCGGUCCUCACCUGGGGCAAGACCGGGCGGUCGGACGAAGGUGACGGCGACGAGAUGGCGUUCAUCGAGGAGGACUACAAGCGUCGCAAGGCGCACCCGAACCACAAGGAGCUGCUGUAUGUGGAGAAGCUGACUACCAAGUGGUCGAAGAAGAAGGCCAACUUUAACGCGGUCAUCAUCAACCGCGGCCUGGUGUACGGCGGCGGCGAGGGCGUCUUCCACUACCUGUUCAAGAUGGCAUGGCACGGCUCGCCUCGCCAGCUGCCGGUCAUCGGGCGUGGCCGCAACGCGCUGCCGGCCAUCCACGUCCUCGACUUGGCCCAGGUCGUGGCCCAAGUUGUUGCCCUCAAGCCUGACAUCCCCUACGUGCUUGCUGUCGACGACGGCCGCAUGUCGGCCAUGGAUCUUGUCUCGACCAUUUCCGAGGCGCUGGGCUCGGGCGCCAUUAAGCGAGUCAAGCGCGACGAUCCGGUCCUUGUCCGUGAGCUCACUCCGCUGCAGUUUGACAUGCUCCACCUCGAUGUUGUCCUCGAGCCGUCGUUUAUCCGCGAGUUGGAGGACUUUGUGUGGCACGCCGAGACCGGUCUCCUCGAGGCCAUCUUUGACGUUAUCCGUGAGUUCAAGACCGUGCGCGAGCUCACGCCGCUCAUGUUCUACAUCCAGGGCCCGCCGGGCGUGGGCAAGUCGUACUACGCCGCCCGCAUUGCCCGCGAGUACAAGGUCCACCACAUCCAGACCGAAGACGUCAUCUCCGACUACCUCGCCAAGCUGACGACCUCGCAGGACCCGGCCGAUGCCGACAUGCUCGACGAGAUCCGUGAGGCUCGGGCCGAGUCGGAGAACGGCCGCAUUCCCGACGACCUGCUCGUUGCCAUGUUCCGCGAGAAGCUCUUCUCCAUGCCGUGCCAGAACCAAGGCUUUGUCCUCGACGGCUUCCCCAAGACCCUGGCCCAGGCCGAGGAGCUGUUCGCCGCCGGCGACGACGACGAGUCGACCUCGGUCGCCGACGACAACCUGGAUGGUGUCGCCAAGGACAUUCUUCCAACCAACGUCGUCAUCCUCGAGGCCGACGACGAGUUCAUCAAGGCCCGCAUGCGGGCGCUACCUGAAGCACAGGUUACAGGCACCCACUGGACCGAGGACGGCGUCGCUCGCCGCCUCGCCUGGUUCCGCGAGGCCAACACCGACGAGGAGAACGCGUGGGACUUUUUCGACUCGCGCGAGAUCCUCCCGCUGUACAUCACCAUCAACGAGACCACCGAGCCGUCUGACGUCCUUGCCGCUGUCAAGAAGCUCGCCGGCAAGCCUCACAACUACGGUCCCACCAAGAAGGAGCUUGCCGCGCGUGCUGCUGCCAAGGCUGAGGCUGCUGCCGCCGCCGCUGCAGCCGCCGCCGAGGAGGCGCAGCGCCAGGCGGCUGCCACCGCCGCCGCCGAGGCCAAGCGCGACGCCGAGUGGACGGCCCGUAACGAGGUCAUCCGCGCCGAAGAGCAGAAGGUCCUUGAGCUCCAGUCGCAGCCGCUGCGCGAGUUCCUCAUGACCCACGUCAUGCCCACCCUCACCGAGGGCCUCAUCGAGGUCUGCAAAGCCCGGCCCGAUGACCCAGUUGACUACCUCGCCGAGUUCCUCUUCAACCAGGACUCGCGCGCCGUCAUCGACUCUGAUCCCCACGACGGCUAGCCGUCGAUAAACCCACCACCCACCCACA